AAGUGUUGGCCGCGGCUCACAGACACACAGACCGUAGUGAGGUGGAGGGGUUGACUGAGAUGGCAGAUUUGUCGUUGUAUUUAACUAACGUGAACGUUUCACUCGGACAAACUAUGGAAACUGACAAGUGUCAGAGCCCAGAAGGGGCGACAGAGUUUGAGAGGGUGGAGAUGGGAGACUCUGCGGGGAGGCAGGUGAAGGUCCCCCGCAGGACCAUCUACUUUGCCAGUGGAGAGACCAUGGAGGAGUACAGCACCGAUGAAGAGGAGGAAGAGGAGGAGCCUGCGAAGAAAGACAUCAUUACUGUUGAUUCGUCCAAACUGACCUGGGGUCCCUAUUUCUGGUUCCACAUGUGGAGAAUGGCGACCUCCACUGUCUCAGUGUGUGACUACAUGGGAGAGAGACUGGCCUCUCUCUUCGGCAUCACUUCUCCUAAAUACCAGUAUGCUAUUGAUGAGUACUACCGUAUGAAGAAAGAGAGGCAGGAGCAAGAACAUGAACUCUCAGAUAAAAAGUAUUCAAUGUUGAACACACUGUUCUCCUGCAGGAGGAGGAGGAAGAGGAGGAGAACCAUCUGUCGGAGAUGGCGGAGCGUCGCUUUGCGGAGCAGCGACGAGGUGAGCAGGAUGAUCCUCGUCCCGCUACAGUGGAGCAGCCAGAAGGGUCCGGAGCUUCCUUUGUAAACAUCAGCUUUGAGCUCCAACCUGAGCCUUCUCUCAGCACUCCAGACAGAGUCCCUUCUCCACUCCCCUCCUGAAGACUGACACUCCUUGUCAAACCAUUAAUAUUCAAACAUUUAUAUCAGUUUGCAAAACCUUAAUUUACCUAGCUGUAUAGAUUAAUAAUAUUAUUUUUCUAUGUUUUUAUUUUAUAAAAAGAGAUCUUAGUACACAGUGCAGGGAAACAUUUAAAGGGCUGUGGAAGUGGCUGCACUGGCCUUAGGUGUGAAUGUAAAUUUGUGUAUAGUGUGAAAAAUCAUAUGCAAGACUGAGACGUGUCUUUUAACUAUUUGUUGAGCAGACUGCGACUGGGAUCAACUCACUUUAAGUUGAGUUGAGAAGGUGAAAUAAAUGCUGGAUUUUAGUCUUAUUGAGAAAUAGACCUCAAUCUCAGUUUUUUCAUUAAUUACAAAUGGAUAAAGAGCCACCCUGAACUGGAGCAGCAGCAUUAACAGACACAUGCUACAUCUACUGUACAACUGUUGAUCCUGCUCCUUUUGUAUAUGCAAAGUAAGACAUUUCAUAAGUUUAGCCAAUUUUGCCAAGCCAUUUCCACUCUCAAGUUGCUUCCUGCACAUCUGAGUGUAGCAGUGCUGGAUAGUAUUUUACUUCCAAACUAUAAAGAGAUGAGCAGGCAGUGAUGACAUCAGUACCCGGAACUGGUGUAAUGCACUGGGACCGUGUUGUACUCUAUUUCAGCCAAUCAUAACCAAACGUAGUCCUUGAGUUUCAUCAAACGGCACCUUUAACAUCAAUUAUAAGUUCAACAUUUUAUCCAAAUACAUAUGACAACCCUACAGCCUUUUAGCGGUCAUGAAUACUUCCUCACAUGUGGAAUAUUGUGUCUUGGUCAAUUACAUACAGAGGCAUUAGCCAUGGAUCACUGUUGCAGAGUCAGACUAAGGGCUGGUUAAUCCAAAAGCUAAUUUAAUAGGUUUCAUGCAUUAAUUACUAAUUUGACCACAAUCUUCUAACAUCUUAUUUCCCUUCAGAGCAUAACAUCUGCCUGAUGUUGUGUUACUUAAGCAGCUCAUAUUUAACUUGUUGUUGUGUCCCUCCUGGUAAGCAUUAUAUCCUAAGUCAUUGGAAAUGGCACAGUAGAAGCCACCCAGCAGUGACUGGAGCUUAACUCUCUCUCUCUCUCUCUCUCUCUCUCUCUGCUAGUAAUUUUGUACUGUACUUGACUGUGUAGUCAGUCACAGGCUUCAUUGAAAAAAACCUCCUGUUCUUAAGAGGUGUCACAGCACCACUUUGUUCCUAUUGUGCAGCUUGAUUUACGCAAUUGAGAUUUGGAGGCAGGCAAGAAGAAGCGGCAGUUUGUCGACUUCAAUGCUAAUCUCAAAGAAAUAAGCUGCUUUCUUUACCUGCCAUAAUGUAAAAAAAUGUUUCUGUAAUGAUACUUUAAGUGGUUGACAAACAGAAACAACUUUACAUUAUGUAGAACAAAUUGUUUUUUUCUUGGAAAUGCCAAAAGUGCAAAUUCUUUAGCCAAUGUAGAUCAAAUAAUAUCAAUAUAGCUCAAAUAUUCUGCUAGACCUCAAAUGUAUUGAUGACUGAUGAUUUACAUUGGCAAGGAAAGUUGCUCACAUACAUUUCCACUUUGUUCGUGUGUGUUGAGGGGUCAUUCUUAAAGUGUCCUUGUGGAAGAGAUUGAUAUAAGUGUCUAGCUGCACAGCAGGCCUAAUGCUGAGACUGAGCUCUCAUAAGCCUCUUAUUCGUUAUUUUUAUCCUCUGAUAUCGCUGUGUGGUGACCAGAUGCAGAGAAAUUACGCACACCUCUUUUCAAAAUGAGCCUUAAAGUUAAACAGAGUGAAAUUUAAACAUAUCAGACAUAGUGUACGGCAAGUUAAUAAUACUUAGUGGGUAAAUGUCUCUCACUACAUGAGUCAAUGAAUAAUUUUAUUCAUGCUUUUUUUUUGUAAAAAAGGGACAACAUAUGCAAAUGUUUUGGUUAUUUUAACAAACUUAAUGAAUCUGUAUAUAUGUAUUUAUAUUUAAUAAACCCUUUAAACAUUCAAAA